AUGGAAUGCUCACGAGUUGCUAGACUAGCCCUCCACGCUGAGAAAGUCCGCCAGCUCUUACUCAACUGUCCUGACAUCGUUACAAUCUCAGUUGGGCCAUCCCAAAAAGAGCUCACUUGUCAUAAAGCACUGUUGGGUUUCACCUCUGAGUUCUUCGAUGCGGCGUUGUACGGCAACUUCAAAGAAAGUCAGACAAACAUCAUUCCACUACCAGAAGAGAAUCCCAACGUAGUUGCCGGCUUCCUGACCUGGGCCUACACCGGACACAUCGAGUCGUCCUCCACCGCAGAAGAGCUCUGGGUCUUUGGAGACCGUAUCGCCAGCCCCAGAUUCAUGAAUGAAGCCAUGCACCUCAUAUUCGCCAUCUACGGUCGCCACGAACGCUGGCUGAGUGCUAAAGGCGCGUUCGUUGCAUACAACCACAGUGCUCCAAUAUCCAAACUCCGGAGCUUCGUUGAAAAUUACGUUGAUAUUCACGGCCCGCUAUGUGAGGAAGCGAUUAACAGUGAGGCUUUCCAUCUCGGGAAUCAUGAGUAUGAAAGGGAUUGGCAGGCGUUGAUCGAGGAAGGGGGAAAGUUGACUGUGGAUAUUGCUCUGGGUAAUGGUGUUCGGCAUCAGGGCUUUGCCUGGGAUGAAGACUGUGUACCUCCGAGGUUGGGUUUUGAACAAUGGGUUUACAUGGUGCGCGUCACGACACGUGUGGUUGAGGACUUUAUCCAGGGCAAAAUGAGAGGCGUUCGGGAGUAA